AAAAUGUCUGCCUCAGUGUAAGGGAUUCUUCUCCCAUAUGUUGUUCUGGAUGGGGCCAGAGCGGUGAUGAAUGCACUGUCCCCCUCUGUGAGGGAGAAAGGGCUUGUCUGCAGGAUGAAGUGUGUGUUUACCCUGGACUUUGUCGAUGUAAACCAGGAUUUUACGGGUAUCAGUGCAAAACCCCUUGUCCUCCUGAAUUUUGGGGUCCGGAUUGUCGAGAGCUCUGUCCCUGUCACCCUCAUGGGCUCUGUGACCCAGUCACUGGUGAGUGCUCGUGCCUGCCUAACCACUGGGGCAACAUGUGCCGAAACAGCUGUAAAUGUGGACGUCAUGGGAAAUGUGACCCUGUCUAUGGCAACUGCACAUGUGAGGAGGGCUGGUGGACAUCCACUUGCUCCAAAGCCUGUCAGUGCCACCUUGGCAAAUCCACUUGUGACCAAGCCACAGGACGCUGCCUGUGUAACGAAGGCAACUGGGGCCAAAAAUGCAGCCUGCGAUGCAACUGCUUUAUGUCCCCUUGCCAGCAGCACACAGGGGCCUGUCAGUGCGUGCAUGGCAGGUGGGGUCCGUCCUGUGACCGCCGUUGUAUUUGUAAUCUCAGCCACGCUGACUGUGACCUGCAAACUGGCAACUGUCUCUGCUACCCGGGUUACAAAGAGCCUUUCUGCAAUGAGCCUUGUGACAGCGGAAAGUAUGGCAGAGGCUGUAAGAAGAGCUGUGGACUCUGUGAAGGAGGCAGGUCUUGCUCUAAACAGGACGGCCUGUGUGAUGCCUGUGCACCAGGUUGGAAUGGCACUCGCUGCGAUCAGCCUUGUCCUGCAGGUUAUUAUGGCCAUCGCUGCAGAGAGGUUUGUCCGCAUUGCAGAAACAUGGACCCAUGUGACCCAGAAACUGGAGCGUGCUUGCACUGUGAUCCUGGUUGGACUGGACCGAGAUGUGACAAACCCUGCACAGAUGGUACAUACGGAGAUGACUGUCACUUCCUGUGUAAAACCUGCCAUCAUGGCCACUGUGACCAUGUGACAGGAAGUUGCAUUUGUCUUCCUGGCUUCCAGGGUGAGAGCUGUAACAGCACAUGUCCCCCUAACCUGUAUGGCAUCAACUGCUCCUCCACAUGUGACUGUGGGAAUCAUGCCUGCCAUCCAGCCACAGGGGCUUGUCCAAACAGUAGCAGGGCAGGUCUCUUAGCAGGGCUUUUGAUUCCCUUGUACUACCGUUGA